UUUAAAUAAAAAUAUGCGUGUGUGUACCGUCUAUGAAAGAGACUUUUCGAAUUCGAACUUCUAAAGCUCACUCAGUCCGCGUCGCUAGCCCCUUUAAGGUGUCUAGUUUACUCCGGCGUACGUAAUAUUUGUGCUUCCAAAAUCCUUCUUCUAAGCAUCCUUUAACAUAAAAAUGUUUACCGCAAUACUGAAAUUAACAGUUUGAUCUUUAUUGUGAACGUUUGUAUUUAGAUAGGGUGAAAGAUGUGUUUGUAUCAUGGUGUCUUCGUUUUUCUGCUAACAACCGGUAUAUACGAAGGAGUGCAAGCUGAAGAGGCUCUCCAUCAUGGGCAUAAACUGUACAGCCACAAACCGAUACGGAAGCAUCGAGCUGCUACAACUGUUUCAGAUGGCGCACUUCGUUUCGAACCAGCUCCAUAUAAUAAGAAGUUGGAACUAAACAGUCUUGGAAAGAUUCACUGCAAAGUGGCUGGGGGUGUGGCUCCCACUGUGCAGUGGUUCUUGAAUGACGAAGAGCCUCUACCCGAAAGCAUUACAUCAUCCAACGGCACGCUUCUCAUCACCGAGGCAAAACGUGAACACGCUGGUCAAUACACAUGUAAAGCCACUGAUGGUGAUAAAUCCAUCACCGCGAAGAUCACUGUGGAUGUUGUAGUUGCACCCCGAGUAUUAGAGCCCACAGCAGGCCAGCAAGUUCAUGUCCGGAUUGGUGACGAUAUAUCACUGAACUGCAAGGCCAUUGGUGACCCUCCACCCACCAUUCAUUGGGACAGGAACAGAACUAUUUUGACACCUCAGAAUGAUGGUGUUGAUACAGAAGAUGGCGUCAACGCGUCUUUCGCAAGAAUUCUCCUCCUAAACAACGGAACGCUUGAAAUUCACAAUGUUACUGAGCAGGACUCGUACAGAUAUGGAUGUACUGCAGGCAGUGCCGCGGGAUUAUCAAGAGCAGAACUGGAGCUCAUUGUGCAUACAGAAAACGACAUGCCCCCACAAGAGUCAAGCGGGGUCGCGGGUAAAGCUGUGCUCGUCUCCAUAUCCGUGGCUGGGGCUUAUAUGCUCCUCGUCCUGGCUCUUAUGGUUUACUGUAGACGACGAAGACUCAAGCGCAGACAGAGAGCGGGAGAAAAAGAAGAGUUAGAGAUGGCCGAGGGUCGCGAGAAAUUAGUGGAAGAAGGAGAAGAAAAGAAAGUGCAGAACGGUGCUCCGUUGCACAAUGGUCGACUCUUGCAUGAGCGGGAUAGCGGUGCGGAUAAUUCCGAGGUGUCAGUCAUGUCUCGCGCCUCCAAAAAGUCUGGACAUUAUGAACAAUUUUCGAUACCCAAGUCUUUGAUCACGGAACAGAUAACCUUAGGUCGGGGCGAGUUUGGUGAUGUUUAUCUUGCUAAGCUGGAUCUGUUGCAAGUGAAGAAGCUAAGGAACAAAGACGAUCCCGACACAGAGCCCAAAGUUCGAGCUGUUAUGAUCAAAGCCCUUAAUACUAAGGAUGAGCAUCAGCUUGCUGAAUUCCGUCGCCAACUUGACCUGUUCAGCCGAGUUCGUCAUGAAAAUAUUUCACGACUUUUCGGUUUGUGCAACGAGUCAGAUCCACAUUACAUGGUACUUGAACACACCGAUUGGGGUGAUCUAAAAACGUUCCUAAUCGCGACCCGUACCGACGAAGAAAACGAGGAGUACAUAGCUCGUGUGGGAUCGUCCCACGCGUUGCCCAAACCCCAGCACUCAGUUCCACCCCUGGAACACUUGCACAAAGUGGUUUUGGCCCAACAGUUGGCUGCUGCCGUCAAUAAGAUGGCCAGUAAGCGGAUGACGCAUCGCGACAUCGCAGCUCGUAACUGUCUGAUAACGUCACAAUUGCAACUCAAAUUGUCAUUCCCAGCUCUGACACGAGGACCCAAUUCCCACGAAUACUUUAAAUUGCAUGACCAGGUAAUUCCACUCCGCUGGCUUCCUCAAGAGUCUGUCUUAGAAGGAGAUUAUUCCACAAAGUCCGAUGUGUAUAUGUUUGCUACCACUAUUUGGGAGAUUUAUACAAAAGCUGAGCAACCAUUUGCAAAACUGAACGACAACUCAGUGCUUGAAAGACUCAAGAAUGGUACUCUUGAAUGGAAUGUUCCGGAUUCGAUGCCUGAGAAAUUGGCGGCUUUAUUGAAACGUUGCUGGACAAAUUCGCCAAAAGAUAGGCCACAAUUCUCCGAGGUGUGCGAAGAUAUAUCUGUUAUAAUACAAGAGAUUACAGCCGAAACUGUCUCCCAAAAUUCUAAGGACAAAAGUGAACUAAACGAAUAAUUUUUUUCGUUACUUUUGAAUAACUCUGACACUUUAGACUAAGAGAGGCCUUGGAUCCACUUAGUACACACUUUUCGAUAACGAUUUCACGUUUAUGUCACGUAUCGUAUCGACGAUAGUUUAACACGUAUAAUAUUGAAAUAUGUAUUCUAAAGCUGCAUCGAGCUUUCGUUUAGUUCCAAAAUGAAUUGUUAUUUCCAUUUUCAAACUAUUUGUAUGUAACUAUUAGCCAUACGAUUCGAUACAAAUUAAUGGCUUACUCUACUACUAGAUGGUCCAAAGAGAUUUGGAAAAGUGUUUGCUGCAUUGGGACUUCACACAUUUCCCUUACUUAGUCUAGAUAGUCAGACCAAUCAAUUAAAAUAAUAAUAUCACUUGACAUUUGAAUUUUGUAAUGCAAUAAGAUAUUUUUGCAGUCGUACUUUCGGCUUAGAUUUAUCUCGGUUACAUUUUUAAGUAUUAUAGGUAUAACUUUGUAAUUAAUGAUAUGGAUUUUAAUAAUUUUAUAUAAACGUCAUUUUGAUGCAUUUACAUUUUAGUACAGUAUUGAUUAUACAAAAAAUCUAAAGGGAAGUGUAUGUGUAUCUAACAUGAAACGUUCAUUGUUACGUGACAUGCAACACGAUCAAAGUAUUUUAAAUUUUUUCAAUGUCAAUGUUUCGUUUAAAAGUGGGAUAAGAAAUGCAUUUGUAAAAACUUUAUAACUUAUACAACGAGUAUUAUGUAGAUAUUAGGUUGUAAUUUUUGCAUUUAUCGUAGUUUAGAAUUGUUUAUAUUUAUUACUCCCUUACGAAUUGCCAGAAUCAAAUAAUAAUGAUGUCACAUUGUACAACAUAUAUGAACUACUUAACGUGUUCAUGAGGGGCAUUCCUUUAGGAUGGUUUGCGUCCAGUUCAAUGAAUGAUUCGAGUCAAAAAGCAUUAACAAACGU